AUGAAGAACGUUGAAGCUGGCGCACAAGCUGUGGCUCCGCCCGUCAGGAAGACUCGAUCCUUCAAAUGUCUCCUGGCCGUUGCCCUCAACGUCCUCAUCAUCCUCAUUGUCGGAGGGGCCUUGCUGGGCUGGUACCUCCUGGAGUUCAGGGUUUGGUUUGAGGAGCCUCGGGUCCAGCAGCAGUACACAGCCUACAUGUCCAUCCUCAACAGGAACUUCUCUGCUGAUCUGUCCACUCACGGCAGCCCUGCGUUCUGGAACGAGGCCAUGGGAGUAAAGACCAUGGUAGCAAAGAUAAUGAGAGGCUCAAGUCUUUCUCGAUACUUCAUCGACACCAGUGUCUUCGCCUUUGCAAAUGGUAGUGUUGUUGCUCACGUCUGGAUAGUGAUGUCGGUGCCAAGCAGCCAUGUUGGGUGGCUAACGCAGACGAAGGUCGCUACGAGCCUGGUGAAGGGCUUGAGGGAUGCUGGAGGCUCGGGGGAGGAGGGACCGAUGGUCAGCGUCGAUGGAUACCUCAUCCACCUCCCUUCGCUGUCGGUCAGCGGUGAGAGAAACAGAGGAGAGGAGGAACUAUGCUUUCCCUAAGACUGUUCCUACCACCAGAAGGUGUUGUCCGGUGGCCUUGUGGCUCUCAGUGGCCCCGACACACAGCGUUCCUCCUGCCGGUGGCACCUCCAGGCGGAACCUGGCUCCCAGCUGGAGCUACGCGUGAUGAUACUGCUGGCACAGUGCCAGGACCGGCUGUCGGUGUUCGAUUCCCUCACCCCCACCGAUACUCGCCUCAUCUCAUCUGUUGAUGGCUGCAGUCAACAGGAGCGUUGGCCCAGAAUCAUGUCUUCAGGGGAGUGGAUGACGGUGGUUUGGACACAGGGACUUGACAACUUCAUGGACCCCUUCUCUUUGUCUGCACAGGCCCGGGACCGCCAAGAGUGUAAUUCGACCAUAGAGCUGUGGGCAGUGUCAGGGUACCAGGGGACACUGAGGACCCCCUUCUACCCAAGCUACUACCCUCCAGACACCAACUGCACCUGGGUCUUUAUUGUGCCCAGUUCAUGGAUGGGUCUGUCUCUGGAAUUCAAGGGCUACAAGUUGAACAGAGCUGGUGACACUGAGGUCUGCACCCAGGGUCAGUGGGUCAUCCAGAACCGCAGACUGUGCGGGACCAGGAGUGCUCAGCCGUACACUGAACAUCUGUCCCCGCUGUCCAGGGUGGUGACCGUCCUCCUGACGUCCCAGGUGUCACUCACAGGGCCGGGCCUCCAGCUGCACUACAGCGUCUUCAACCUAUCAGAUCCUUGCCCAGGCAGGUUUCUGUGCACCGUUACUGGCCUGUGUGUUCCUGCCUGUGAUGGAAUCAAGGACUGUCCCAAUGGACUCGAUGAGAGGAACUGUGUGUGUGUGGCUCAGUACCAGUGUCCAGAGGAUGACAGUAGAUGUGUGGACUACACCAAGUUGUGUGACCAACAGCCGGACUGCCCUGGAGCCUCAGAUGAGAUGAACUGCACUCAAGGUGUACAGUGCACAGAUGUGACGUAUGUGUGUGCUGAUGGAACGUGUCUGAAGAAGCCAAACCCAGAGUGUGAUUCUGUUGCCGACUGCCCAGAUGCCUCAGAUGAAAAACAGUGUGACUGCGGCCUGAGGCAGGCCUCCAGUCGUAUUGUCGGGGGCACCAACGCCUCGGAGGGGGAGUGGCCAUGGCAGGCCAGCCUUCAGGUGCGGGGGGGCCACGUCUGCGGGGGGGCUCUCAUCUCCAACCAGUGGGUGGUGUCCGCCGCCCACUGUUUCUAUGACGACAGGCACAGCUCCGCCUCCUUGUGGACAGUCCACCUGGGUAAACUCCUCCUCAGUCCCAGCAGCCCCACAGAGGAGGUGGCCCGAGUCCUGGAGAUCCAUCUCCACAAAGACUACGACAACAGAACCUCCGACUACGACCUGGUCCUCCUGAAGCUGGACCGCCCCCCCUCCCCUCCGCAGCCUGGACCGGCUCUUCCCGUCUGCCUGCCCCCGCCGACCCACCCGCUGGAUCCGGGCCUGCUCUGCUGGGUCACCGGCUGGGGGGCUCUCAGCGAGGGGGGCAAAGCCAGUAAUGCGCUUCAGAAGGUGGACGUUCGUCUGGUCAGUGAGGAAGACUGCGUCCGCUCCUACGGCAGCGUGAUCACUCCCAGAAUGCUUUGCGCUGGUUUUAGCGCUGGAGAGAAAGACGCCUGUCAGGGGGACUCCGGGGGUCCCUUGGUCUGUCAGGGGCCGUCCGGUCGCUGGUUACUGGCCGGGGUGGUGAGCUGGGGCAAAGGCUGCGCGCGUCCAGGCUACUAUGGCGUCUACACUCGUAUCACCAGGCUCACUGACUGGAUCAAGAAGGUCAUCGCCCCCCCCUGAGUCCCUGAGGAUCCAUGUCAUCAUCAUCAGGACAAGUGAUGAUGUACAUGAUGUUUCAGCUUUUCAUCUAUACAGUAAU